GUGAGAGGAUCCUGGGCUAUGCAGAGGAGCCUUGCUACCUGUGGUUUGUCAUGGAGUUCUGUGAAGGGGGAGACCUCAACCAGUACGUGCUCUCCCGAAGACCUGACCCAGCGACCAACAAGAGCUUCAUGCUACAGCUGACCAGUGCCAUUGCCUUCCUGCACAAGAACCAUAUUGUGCACCGGGACCUGAAACCAGACAACAUCCUGAUCACUGAGAAGUCUGGCACCCCUGUGCUCAAGGUGGCUGACUUUGGGCUGAGCAAGGUCUGUGCUGGCCUGACUGCUCGGGGCAAGGAGGGUGGGCAUGGGAACAAAAAUGUGAAUGUGAACAAGUACUGGUUGUCCUCAGCCUGUGGCUCUGAUUUCUACAUGGCACCUGAGGUCUGGGAGGGACACUACACUGCCAAGGCUGACAUCUUUGCCCUUGGUAUCAUCAUCUGGGCCAUGAUUGAGAGGAUCACUUUCAUUGAUGCUGAGACCAAGAAGGAGCUGCUGGGAACCUACAUCAAGCAGGGGACCGAGAUUGUGCCUGUUGGGGAAGCGCUGCUAGAAAACCCAAAGAUGGAGCUGCACAUCCCUCAGAAACGGAGGACUUCCAUGUCUGAGGGUAUCAAGCAGCUCUUGAAAGACAUGUUGGCUGCUAACCCGCAGGAUCGACCUGAUGCCUUUGAGCUUGAAACCAGAAUGGACCAGGUUACAUGUGCUGCUUAA